ACUGGCUGUAAUCCUAAAACAAAGUCUGAAACUUAGAAGCAGAACUGCUACUUCUUCUUUGCUCUUUGUUUUCCUUAAUAAUCAGAGUAAUGGGUUCAUCAGUUCUUAAAGCUCCAUCAACAUCUAUCUUCUUUAUGGGCAAGAGUGACCAACAACAGAAUCUCUUCUGUUCAAAUCUUCAUUUCUCUCGAUCCAUCAGUGGCCGACCUUGUAAACUCUCUCUCAUUAAACCCUUUUCUACUUCUUCUUCCAUUGCCAAUAAUAGAAAACCCAUCACAAUAACAGCUACUCAACAAAUUGAUAAACCCAUUGCUGCUUCUUCUUCUUCUUCUUCAAUGUCGCCAGUCCCGGAGAACCAUGCAUUCCCAAUCAUGGUAAACGGCUGUACUGGAAAGAUGGGGAAAGCAAUAAUAGACGCAGGAGUUUCUGCAGGUCUCCAUGUGGUUCCUGUAUCAUUUGGUAGUGAAUCAGAGGCUGGGCAAAUUGUGGAAGUAGGUGGCAAAGAGGUUCAUGUACAUGGUCCGACUGGAAGAGAAAGUCUUCUUGCUUCUUUGUUCGAAGAAAACCCUGAUAUGAUUGUCAUUGACUUCACAGUCCCUGCUGCUGUCAAUGCUAAUGCUGAGCUUUAUUCCAAAGUUGGAGUUCCCUUUGUAAUGGGAACUACUGGUGGAGACAGGGAACUUUUGUACAAGACUGUAGAAGAUUCACAAGUUUAUGCCGUAAUCUCACCACAAAUGGGGAAGCAGGUUGUUGCAUUUAUUGCAGCCAUGGAUAUCAUGGCAGAGCAGUUUCCUGGGGCUUUCUCUGGCUACUCUUUACAGGUAAUGGAGUCUCAUCAAGCAAGCAAGUUGGACACAUCUGGAACAGCCAAGGAUGUUAUCAAGUGUUUCCAAAAGCUAGGGAUAUCUUAUGAAGUGGAUCAGAUACAACAAAUACGGGACCCCAAACAACAAGUGGAGAUGGUGGGUGUACCAGAGGAGCACUUAUUAGGUCACGCUUUCCAUAUGUAUCAUCUAACAUCGCCUGACCAAACGGUUUCAUUUGAGUUCCAACACAACGUUUGUGGAAGAUCCAUAUAUGCCGAGGGUACUAUAGAUGCUGCCCUUUUCCUGGCUAAGAAGGUUCGCUCCAAGGCUGGCAAGCAUAUUUACAACAUGAUUGAUGUCUUACGUGAGGGUAACAUGCGAUAGUGGUUGGUGAAUCGUAAAUUUUUACCCCUUUUUAUGAAACAUUUUUGUUGUACUUGUGGAUGUUAAUUUAUAAUAAUCAGGUAGAUGAAGUUUGGUACUCUGUUUUGUUUCUUAUUAGAUCUUUGUAUGACAUGAUUCAUCUUUUUAAAAUGGGUUCAGAAGGCUUGUGAUAUGAAUUUCAUUGCACUGCUCCUACUCGUCUUCAGAGUUCGUGUCACAAGGUCUUAAUUAGAACAUUUGUUCAGUAAUGAAUUUCACGUGGAAAGAUCAUUGCAGAAAGCGAAUACCAGUUUGAUUUUUAAUGUGUUACGUACUUUUGUCUUUGAGUUGAGUCCCAUUGAGUCUGUAACAAAGUUUUGUUCAAGUGGUUUCUCAGUGACUCUAUGCCCUACUGGUGUUUGUAAACUUUGUAUUCGUCGCUGUUAUGUGGAAUUUUGCUACACUAUUACGUAGGCUUUCAUAUACAAUCCUGGUACCUUAUUGUUUCGUA